GCGUGAGUGUGUCAUGUGAUUGAUCAACAGUCUCUUGUUCUCUCCUCCUUCUCUUUCUUCUUAUUCUUCUUCUCUCCGGAUGUUUGGACGAGGUUUAAACACGACGCUUCUGUGACAGUUCGGACUGAACGCACGAAACUACCGGGUCGUUGAAGGAGAAUGCAGUGCGGUGCUGUUUGCUAAUUACUCAACUGUGACGUCAUCUGGUGAAAAAUGGCCGUGCAGAUGGAGAUCUGGUGCGUUCUGCUGCUGCUGGGCCUGAGCACAGCGCUGGUCUGUCCCGACGGAGGCAUGUGUGAGGACAGAAACACCUGCUGCAAGAACACGGUGGGAGGAUACGGCUGCUGUCCGCUGCCACAUGCCGAGUGUUGUUCUGACCACCUCCACUGCUGCUACGAGGGAACCCUGUGUGAUCUGGUUCACGAGCAGUGUGUCAAUAAGACGGUUUCCCUGCCCUGGAUGAGACGCCUCCCCGCCCAACCGGCUCUGCCAGUCGCUGUGCUCGGUGAGAACGUGAAGAAAAUCGUCUGUGCGGACCAGAAGUCGACGUGUGAUGAUGGCAGCACUUGCUGCCAGCUUCUCGACGGCAGCUGGGGCUGCUGUCCAUUAUUCAAGGCGGUGUGUUGUGAGGACAAGCUCCACUGUUGUCCCGAGGGAACCAAGUGCGACACCGCUCGUGAAAUGUGUGUUUCUGCCUCACUGGAGUCCUUCCCCAUGCUGAAGAAACUUCCUGCUGGGCGGAGGGAGAAUAAUCCAGCCGCGACUGUCGGUUCAGUGACAUGUCCUGGCGGGAAAAGCAGCUGCCCGGACAGUUACACCUGUUGCCUGUUGACAAGUGGAGACUACGGCUGCUGCCCAUACCCACAGGCCAUGUGCUGCAGCGAUCAUCUCCACUGUUGCCCCAGCAACACGCAGUGUGACCUGGAACAUGGCGUCUGCAGGUCGGGUGACAACCGAGUGCCGCUGCUGAAGAAGAUCCCCGCGACACCCAACGAUGUUCAGUGUCCAGACAAGACGAUGACUUGUCCGGAUCAGACCACGUGCUGCCAGAUGACCAACGGCUCGUACGGCUGCUGCCCGAUGCCCAAUGCCGUGUGCUGCUCGGAUCACAUGCACUGCUGCCCCGAGGGAACACAGUGCGACCUGAAGCACAGCACCUGUGCGUUGGCCCAUCGGGACGCCAUCAUGGCCUCCAGGAUCACCGCCGCCGCGACAAAGAGCAGAGGCGGAUCAGUUCCCUGUAACGACUCUGUGUCCUGCGCCGACGGAAGUACCUGCUGCAAAAUGCUGGACGGAGAGUGGGUGUGUUGUCCGUUACCUCAGGCAGUUUGCUGCGAUGACCACGAGCACUGCUGUCCACACGGCACCGUUUGUAACCUGGCGGCCUCCACCUGCGACGACCCAUCAGGUCUUUCGGCUCCGCUGCCCUGGAGGGAGAAGAUCGCGGCGACGCCCCGGCUCCGUAACAGCAUGUGCGACAAAUCCACGUCGUGUCCUGGAAAUUCCACCUGCUGCAGGACGACGACGGGCGACUGGGCCUGCUGUCCGCUGCCUGAGGCCGUGUGCUGCGACGACCACAUCCACUGCUGCCCGCACGCCACCGUCUGCAACCUGGAUUUCGAUACCUGCGACGACCCGUCGGGUCUUUUGGCGCCGCUCCGCUGGACGGAGAAGGUCGCGGCUCUGAGGUCGGACGUCCAGUGCGACGAACAGACCUCGUGUCCCGGAGGCACCACCUGCUGUAAGAGGAGCUCUGGAGAGUGGUCAUGCUGCCCCCUUCCUCAGGCCGUGUGCUGCGACGACCACGAGCACUGCUGCCCCGCAGGCUACCUGUGCGACUUGGCCGAGCAGACCUGCGACAAGCCCGGAGGCGUGAGGCUGCCGUGGCUGCGCAAGAUCCCGGCGCUGCUGCAGCUGCAUCAGCAGCAGCGGCAGAAGAACGAGCCCGACCGGGCCGGUUCCGUUCUGCCGAGCCGGGACAGGAACAUGUGCGACGCCCACACCAGCUGCCCCAGGGACACCACCUGCUGCUUCAUGGACCAGAGCCACCGGUGGGGCUGCUGCCCGCUGCCCAAGGCGGUGUGUUGUGAUGAUGGGAACCACUGCUGCCCCGCCGGACACACCUGCCAGCCGCAUCGCUCCUCCUGCUCCAAGGGGCCUCAGGUCGUUCCCUGGUUCAGCAAACUGAGCGCCCUGACGGAGCCCGGCGCCAUGACCGUGACGGACGUCAAGUGCGACGAUAAAAGCAGCUGCGCUUCGGGAACGACCUGCUGCAAACUGUCCACGGGAGAGUGGGGUUGCUGCCCACUGGUCAAACUGAUGACGACGAUGUUCCUGAAUGUUCCUCUCCAGGCCGUCUGCUGUGCGGACCAGGAGCACUGCUGCCCUCAGGGCUACACCUGCAACAUGCAGACGGGGACGUGCGAGAAGAAGAACCUCGACGACGGGUUGGUCCAAGCCUCCGUCCCUCAGACCCAAGUGGUCCGGCCCGAGUCGGGACACCCAGAGGACGACGACGUUCCAUGCGACAGCGCGGGGAGCGUUCGCUGCUCCGGGCAGGAAACCUGCUGCAAGACAUCGCCCACCGACUGGGCCUGCUGCCCCUCGCCCAGGGCCACCUGCUGCUCCGACCUGAAGCACUGCUGCCCCGUCGGAUACUCGUGUGACCCGACAGCCGGAGGCUGCACCCUGGAGAACGCCCGGCUGACAUGGGACAUCCUGUUCGGGGACAGACGGAGAGACUUUGUCCCACAGGGACUUUAAUCCCACUGAGGUGCAGCGAUCUUUGGUUUGUUUCAUCAGUUUGCUUGGCAGAAACUUUAUCCUCCUCACGCUCGAUUCUCAGAAAUCACUAAGUAAGAAGACGACGAAAAAGAACAGGAAGUUCACAUUCCAAAGCUUUACAGUGUUUUCUCUAAUGUUACUCUACAUUUUUCAUUAUUGUUCAUAAACCCCAUGAAAAGACGAAAGUUUUACGAAUCAUUAACGUUCUGUGUCAAUGCAGUUGAGAUUCGUCAGGCGUCUUUUCAUGGGUUGAUCAAAAAAAACAAAACGUUAGAGUAUCAUCAGCGUACGACACGCGAGUAUUUUCCCAGAGCUGUUCCAGGUCCACAUAUGAAUGUACUUUCUGCCUCACUACGCAGAAUUCUUCUCUCGUUCGUCGCUUCGUGACGUGCUCGUCGAGUGUAACCGACAUAUAUUGGUGAUUUUAAGUUUGUUGUACAACUGUGAGUUUGAUGUGUUGAUUUUUUUAUUUAAUCCUCUGUUUUAAAGGCCACAGGAGUCGAGGCAGCGAAUCGAUGAUCGAAGAUCAAUGUUCAAUCAAGAGCCCAUGGGCGUAACACUGUGGGGGGCGGGGCAGACUACCCAGGGCCCCUAACAACUGUCAAUUAAUUUCUUUCAAAAGAAAGGUGAGAUAGCUAUUAGCAAACUCCUACUACGACAGCUAGCUAGCUGAGAUCGACACAGCCGCAAUUGCUAGCUAGCUAACUUUAACCUUUACUACAUGGAUACGGUAGGAGUUAGCUAGCUAGAUACUAUGAGAACACCCAGUAUCAUAAAUCAAUCAGCAUCAUAACUGCGGGGGGCAGGAGUUUGGUGCUACACCCCCGCUUGUGCCUUCUGUAACGUCGCCGGUUCUGUCGGUAUCGCAGGUUUGUCAUUUUGGUGCCAGAGGAGAAUUCAGGCCGUCAUAACUUUGGAGAAUAAACAAACUUUUAUUGUU